GAGCUGCUUUCGAUUAGCGUAUAUAUUAUUGAAAUGGUAUUAAUUACAAUGAGCUGUUUUUGUUUUCUUGCUAAAGAAGACCAUGCUAAUUUAUUUUAAUUUGUCUGUGGAGCGGGUCGAACAUGUUUACAGUGGGCACAGAAUGUUUGUGAACAUGGCGGCGCCGGAGAAGCAACAGCGAACAGCAAUGUCAACGGUGAAUGUUCCUCGCUGUCUGGCGAAAAAUGAGGAAAAUACACUUUUAUUAGUUAAAGGUGGAAUCUUUCUUGGUGGAAUCUUUCUUGGAACGGUAGCUGCAGCUGGAAUGGUGGCUGGGUUUGGUACCACACUCUCUGUGGCCAAGAAGAAAAGUCCUGAUUGGUUUAACAAGGGAGUUACAGCUAUAGCCGCAGUGCCAGAGAGCGGGGCUUCGCUGGCUCUGAGAGCCCUGGGAUGGGGCUCCCUCUAUGCCUGGUGUGGAGUUGGGCUGAUCAGCUUUGUGGUCUGGAAGGCUAUGGGAGUUCACAGUUUGAAAGAGUUCCGGGAAAGGAUGCAGUCUUUCUUCCCAGCUAUUCUGAGAAACGAAGAACCUCCCGCAAAUGCUGAGCCGUUCAGCUGGGAGAAUCUCUUCAAAUCAAAGUGAUGGAUUUUAACAGCCCCCCGUGAAUUUCAAUGGAGUUUCUUGUGGGGUUAAUGGAACAGCACAGCUGAAGAGUCGAGAGCCCUGGAUGGUGAACAGCUUUCAAAAAGCUCUACUUUUUCAUUGAAUCUUGUCAAACAUGUCAUUUCAAAAACGUGUGCAAAUACAGUACUGCUCUCCGUUACGCACUAACACUUCUGAAUUAGGCCUCUGGGUUUUCUGUCUCUGCAGACCUUGAACACAUUGAAUAAAAGGAAUGUUUUCUGAAUGAAAUGGAGUUCAGUUGAAAGUUUCAAUUUUGAACUUCAUAGCGUAUGUUGGAAAUGCCAACAAAUGUACAUGCCGAAAAUGAGACUGAUUUGACAUACAAGUAUGGACUGUAUCAUGUACAGAUUUGACAUACAAGUAUGGACUGUAUCAUGUACAGAUUUGACAUACAAGUAUGGACUGUAUCAUGUACAGAUUUGACAUACAAGUAUGGACUGUAUCAUGUACAGAUUUGACAUACAAGUAUGGACUGUAUCAUGUACAGAUUUGACAUACAAGUAUGGACUGUAUCAUGUACAGAUUUGUUUGUAUCAGACAUUGUUAUUUUGAGAUGAAAUAGUUUUCAAAAGUCAUGCUGUAUUCUGUAUAUAUUUGCAUGCGUUGUUCUGUGUCCAGUUAAAUAUAAAAAAUGUAAAACUGUUGUGUUCAAAAGUUACACAAAAAUAAAGUGCCGAGAAUCUUUUGGUUCUUUACAAU